AUGGGGUUUUCUCCAAGUAAAUCUGCUACUCAGGUUUCUGCUUUGCGUAUGGAUUCAAAAGUGGGUGAUCACUUAAUGCAAAGGACUGAGAAAAGCAAAUUGGAGCAAGUGACUCAGUUAUUUCAAAACACCAAGAAAAUAAGAUUAGAAGACCCAAAUCAAGAAGCCUUUACAAGGAGCAAAGACACUGGCACAGGAUAUCUUUCAGAGAAAGCCUUGCGUCCAGUGAUGUGUGUUAAAGAAAGUGAUGGGAAAUGA